UGAAUGUAGGACCGGCUGAGUUUACAUUUGAAUCCCUCUCAACUCAUUUCGCCGUUAAUAAAUCACCCAACUCGCAAAGUAUCUGGAAUCUUAGACAGCUUAGUUUUGACACACGAACGCAAUUGGUUAACAUAGUUUGAUGGACGAUACACGGUGUAACAGGUUUCCUCAAGUAUACCCUUAGGUUAUGUGGUUUAAGCAUUUUGCUGGCAAGAACUACCUCAGGAUUGUGUUAUAGUUGAUAAGGGGCGAAGUGGAAAUACGGAAGCAGUUAUUGGCACAAAACAAGCAGGUAGACAGCCGUGUUUGUGGCGAGAGUCGUGUGACAGCUUGGCAGGACUCCUUUAAGGGAAAAAAUGUUAUACUGAAAAGCUUGCCCAAGUGACAACGCUCCGAAUGUCAAGAUGUUGAACCGAGGAAAUCUGUCUUCUAUCAUCAAACAUAGCCCGUUAAGGGCUAACAUGCCCACAGACGGUCCAGAAGAAGACGAAGGGCAUGAAUGCGCAAAGCGUGUGACCUUUGCUCUUACCGAAGUCAAGAAGCCACAGAAUGAAAACGUUUGUCGAUGCGCGAAAAGUGAAAAGAGGGGAAAUAAGCGAAAGUGGAAGCGACGCACUCAAGUUCCGUCUUAUCUCCUUGGGCAUCCUAUUGAAGACUACGACGCAUCCGGGGGAACGCACCCUUCUACAGCGACAUUCCUCAUACUCUCAAAACGGUUCAACUCUUCUGGUUACCAGGCCUACCGGUUCAGUCGAACCGCGUCGCUCUUGUGCCUGGGUCCAGUUCAUCCACUGCGCAUGUUUUGCAUUCUUCUCAUCACACAUCCAUAUUUCGAAAUCAUAGUAACUCUUGUUAUUCUAGUCAAUUGUAUAAUUCUAGGACUCAACGAUCCUCCCGAGGAGGCAGAGUAUAUAUUUACAGCUAUCUACACGUUAGAGAUGAUCUGUAAAAUCAUCUCUCGUGGCUUUGUCAAGGAUUCAUACGCUUACCUCAGAGAUACGUGGAACUGGCUAGAUUCCCUAGUGGUGUUUUUAAGUUAUUUAUCGCUAGCUCCUGACAUUGCGAGUCUAUCAGGCAUCCGUACACUUCGUGUCUUAAGAGCCUUCCGCACGAUAUCAGCUCUUAAAGGUCUGCGCGCCAUGGUGAAUAGCCUUCUACGCUCACUCAAGCUACUCACCGACGUCUUGGUUCUGUUUCUAUUUUCCCUGUGCGUGCUGGCGCUUAUUGGUCUGCAGCUCUUCACGGGGGAGCUCAGGAAUAAGUGCGUCUUAGAAACGGCCAACGCAACAACUAUAAAUAACCCGAGCUCAUGGUAUCAUAGAGAAGGGGAGCCGCUACUCUGUGGGUUUUCAAGCACAGCGGGGAGGUGUCCGGCUAACUACACGUGUGUGGCGCACGUGGGACCCAACCCCGACCACGGCUUCACCAACUUUGACGACAUCGGCUGGUCUCUUGUCAUGGCUUUCCAAAUCCUUACAAUGGACUUCUGGGAAAAUCUCUACGAUAGGGUUUUGCGCUCCAUGGGAGAGUGGUACAUGAUGUACUUUGUGGUUGGGAUUUUUUCGUGUUCGUUUUAUCUGCUGAAUCUAGUUCUUGCUGUGGUCUACAUGUCAUACCAUCACGAGAUGAACCUCACCGAUAACGAGGUAACGCAGUCACAGGAAACGCAACGCAAAUUGCGCAAGCGGACGGCAGUGUCGUACCUCGCGGACGAGGACACCAUUCAAGUUCUAGAGCCACUGGAGAGCCAUCUGUACCCCCCAGACGAGGAGGAAGAGGAGACGAAACCCCUUACCCCGCCCAGCUUGAAUGGUAUAGUCCUGGGCGAAGACCAAGAGAAGGGGGUCUUGUGCCCCAAGUACCCACGCUUGUCACGGGCGUGCUCUGCUUUGGUGGAGUUCAUCCAGCGGCCGCUGUUCGAUGGGAUUAUCACGGGGCUUAUCUUACUGAACACCGUGGUGCUCACCAUGUACUACCACGGGAUGCCUGACGAUCUCACCUUCGUGCUCGAUAUACUCAACGCGAUCUUCACGGGUUUAUUCAUACUAGAGAUGAUUGUCAAGAUAUUCGCGUUCGGGCUGGUUAAGUACAUCUGCAACAAGUGGAACUUGUUUGACAGCGUUAUCAUCAUAACUAGCGCAGUCGCCUACUUCCUAGGUACUUCCACGGGCGUCAGUAUAUUCCGCAUACUACGACUGCUUCGCGUGCUGUACCUGGCACAGUCCUGGGAGACGAUGGCUAAGUUAAUCCGCGCAAUUGCGCAUAGCGUCGACCCGAUCUUUAACAUCACGUGCAUCCUGGGCGUCAUCAUCUACGUGUUUGCUGUAGUGGGCAUGCGCGUCUUUGGACCGCAUUAUACCGCUGAAGCGUUCGGCUCACGAGGUAUCCCGAGAUGGAAUUUCACAGAUUUCACGCACUCCUUUAUGAUGGUGUUUCGGAUCCUGUGCAGCGAGUGGGUGGAGCCUCUAUGGGACUGUAUGCGGGUCACCAACACCGCGGCGCUGCUGUUUUUCCUGCCGGCUCUUAUCGUCGGUAACUUUAUCGUGCUGAACCUGUUUGUAGCGUUGUUGUUGAACUCGUUCGCCAAGAAGGAGGAAGAUCUGCACAGAGAGGCAUCAGAGCAGCCGUACGUCAACCCCUGCUCGUGCCUCGCCCACCUCACGCGCACACGCAAAACGCGCAUGUACGUAGCCACCUUCAGCGAGAGAUACAAGUUCUACCAGGUGAAGGUGCUGGAAAGCAGUGGCGCACCAGAACAAGGCAUGACGUCACCACUUCAGGAGAAGUUCACAGUUGCCCAGAAAAACCGCUUGUCCGAGCCAGUACCUACAUCUUCCAUCGUACCAUAUACCAGCGUGACGUCAUCGACCUCAUCAAGCCGCUCGUGCUCAUGCGAAAAGAUUUCUCGAUGUAGCCACGAGUAUACGCAGGCAGUCAAUAACAACAAAAACACCAAGCGCUACAUCGUGGAAAUUGACGACUGCUUUCCUGAAUGUUGCAUGAAUGCCUGCGGCUGCACUUCCGGCCAGCAGCACUUUUGUUGGCUAAAGUUUCGGUGCCGCGUGCGCUGUUUUGUCGAGCAUCGCUAUUUUGAGUGGUUCAUCUUGUUCACCGUCAUGGUCAGCAGUUUUACACUGGUGUUCGAAGACAUUCAUCUUCAUCAGAAGCCCGACCUGGAACGCGCCCUUAACUUCCUGAACUUUCUGUUCGCCGCCAUCUUCAGCUUGGAGUUUAUCCUAAAGGUUAUCGGUUUCGGCUUCGUCUCCUACUUCACGUCCGUCUGGAACUGUCUCGACGCACUUAUAGUCUCGGUUUCGGUGGCUUGCUUGUUCGAGAACCCAAACCUCUCCGUGUUCCGGUCAUUUCGGACCGUUAGGGGACUGCGACCGCUUAGAGCUAUCUCCAGACUUGGUGGGAUGAAGGUUGUCAUUAACGCGCUGUUCGCGGCGAUCCCUGGGAUUGGCAGCGUGCUCGUUGUCUCCAUGCUCUUCUGGCUCAUGUUCAGCAUCUCAGGCGUGCAGCUUUUCGCAGGUAAAUUCUACAAGUGCGUGAACGCAGAAGACGAGAAGCUGUCACCUAGCGUAAUACCGAACAAGACCGCUUGUUUGGACCACCCGGAUUACAGAUGGGUAAACGCUAACGUGAAUUUCGACAACGUCAUAAAUGGCUUCCUAGCACUGCUGCAAGUGGCAACAUACGAAGGGUGGAUGGAGGUUAUGGCAGACGCUGUGGAUUCGACUAAGAUUGACCAGCAGCCGUCAUACGAGGCAAACCUGAUUGCGUACGCAUACUUUGUGGUGUUUAUUAUCGUCGGCUCAUUUUUCGUAUUGAACCUGUUCGUUGGCGUAAUCAUCGACAACUUUAACACUUUGAAGAAAAAGUAUGAAGAGAUUAACAGUAUGGGGAUGCUACUGACUGAGUCGCAGAGGAAAUGGGUCCAAAUACUGAUGGCUGCAGCCAAACGAAAGCCUCCCUCAAAUCGUCUUAGACCGACGGAUUGUUUCCGCGGCAAGCUAUUUGAUCUGGUAUCCAGUAACCAAUUCGAGGUGUUUAUUCUGACUGUUAUCAUGUGCAAUAUGGGUAUGAUGAUGGUGCAGCACUACGACCAGCCUCCACUCACCACCGUCGUGCUUAAGAUUGGUAAUUACGUGUUAGUCGGCAUCUUCCUGUUAGAGGCGAUUAUCAAGAUCAUUGCAAUGAGACUUCAUUACUUUAAAAAGGCCUGGAGCAUCUUUGACUUUGUGGUCGUCGUGUCUUCCAUAGUAGGCACUGUUCUGGACGAGAUGAGCACGGAGUCAGCGGUUGUUAGCCCAGGCCUCUUGCGAGUGCUUCGGGUAUUCCGCGUCGCCAGGUUACUAAGGGUGGUCCAGUUUGCCAAGCGAAUCCGACAGCUAUUGGUCGCCAUCAUCAUAUCGAUGCCUGCGCUUUUCAACAUCGGUACCCUUCUCUUUCUAGUCAUGUUCAUUUACGCAAUUAUCGGAAUGUCCUCGUUCGGGAACAUAAAGAAACAGGGUGCAUUGAACGAUCUGGUCAACUUUGAGACAUUUAGUAGCUCCAUUAUCCUGAUUUUCCGGUUGGGAACCGGUACUGGGUGGAAUGACAUAUUAGACGCCUUGGUGGUUCAGCCUCCACACUGCGACCCCAACUUCGGAGGACUUCCUAAUGGGAAUUGCGGGUUCCCGAUCGGUGCAGUCUUCUAUCUCGUAACGUACAUCGUAUCCGUGUUCCUGAUAAUCGUGAAUAUGUACAUCGCCGUGUUGUUAGAUAAUGUAAAUCGCGCGCAUGAGAACGACGAGUUCGGCCUAUCCAAAGAUAAAUUCAAAAGUUACUAUCACACAUUUGCGAACUUUUCAAUGGGCAAGCAGUUUCUGCCGUUGCGUGUGUUGCCCGAGUUUCUCGCCGCGCUGGACAAACCCUUUAAAAUUGCACAUCCGAGUGAGGAGCUAAUACGCAAGAUGAAGAUCCCCGUCCGCGAGGGGGAUCUUGUGCACUGCUUUGAUCUGCUCAAGGUACUCGUAAAGAAGAUUCUAGAACAGCACGGCGAGUCACCGGAAGUGUUCGAGCAGAUCACCAUCCGUAUGGAAGCUCAGUUCCGGAAGUCGUUCACCAAGAAGGUGUCGGCUGCGAUCAUUGGUUCCACAAUGUUAAGGUUUCACACAAAUUUUGCAGACACUUCCGGUGAGAGAUCCAGCGGUGACGUCACUUGAUGUAAACGGCGAGACAACACGGGCUCAAUCAGUAUUGCGUUUUGUAUUCAACGCAUUUUUAGCGGUGACUACUCGAAAGUCAUGUGCAAAUUUAGCUGAAUUUGUAUCACCAUGACAACCGCAGGAUUCAUUCCUUAUAACAAAUUGGUACUGUUACAUAGAAUGCAAUUUUGUCAACACACAAACGUUUAUAUGAAAGGGAUGAAUCUAUUGAAGGGAAAACACUUGAAUUUCUAUUUAUUCAAUUAUCGCGCGGCAAUUGAACGGGAUACUUUAUAAUCUUUUAUAAGAAAUAAGAUAUAGAGGAGAAAAAAAAGAAGCAAUUUUUUUGCUUCUGUGCAUGUGGAAUUUUGUGAUCGUGCGAUAUAAAAGAAAAACGAGAUCCAUUAAGCCAGUAGAUUACUUUGUCUACUCUCAACGGAAAGUAAGAACCUCACGAGAAAUUAGUCGAAAACGCUUCAAAACGGACUACUAUUACGUUUACAUAGUUGAUAAGAUUUGAAAGAUUAAUCUUACUUACCUACUAAUCUACUAAUAUUGCUAACGUCUAAUUAUUAAAUUGUCAGUUAAACAUGUAGUAACUAGGUUGUUUCUAAUUAACUUAAUAUGGUUGAUAAUCGUAUAUCGAUAAUGUAUCCUAACCUAUUGCAUUUCUAACUCAACUAUCGUGUCUAAUACUGUGUCUAGCCCAACUUAUUGUGUAUCUAACCCAGACUAUCGUGUGUCUAACCCAACUUUUAGUGUAUCUAACCCAGACUAUCGUGUGUCUAACCCAACUUAUCGUGUAUCGCUAACCAGACUCAUCAAGUGUCUAGCCCAACUUAUCGUGUGUCUAACAUAGACUGUCGUGUGUCUAACCAACUAAUCCUGUGCUUAAUUCAACAAAUAAUGUCACCGACUAAUUGCGAAUCUAAUCCACUUCAUCGUGUGCGUAACCCAACUUAUCGUGUUUCCAACCCAAUUUAUCAAGUGUCCAACCCGAAUUAUCGUGUGUCUAACUCAAGUUAUCCUGUGUCCAACCCGACUUAUUGUGUGUCUAACUCAACUUAUCGUGUGUCUAACUCAAUUUGUUGUGUGUCUAACCCAACUUAUUGUGUAUCUAGCCCAACUCAUCAAGUGUGUAGCCCAACUUAUCAAGUGUCUAACCCAACUUAUUGUGAGUCUAACCCAACUUAUCGUGUGUCUAACCCAAAUUUUCGUGUCUAACCCGACUUAUCGUGUGUAUAACCCGACUUAUCUUAUGUCUAACUUAACUUAUCGUGUGUCUUUUCCGACUAACCGGGUGUCUAACUCAAUUUUUCAAGUGUCCAACACGAAUUAUCGUGUGUCUUAUCCGACCUAUCGUGUGUCUAACCCAACUUAUCGUGUAUCUAACCCACUCAUCAAGAGUCUAGCCCAACUAAUCAAGUGUCUAGCCCAACUUAUUGUGUAUCUAACCCAGACUAUCGUGUGUCUAGCCCAGCUCAUCAAGAGUCUACUCCAAUCAAUCAAGUGUCAAACUCAAUUUUUAGUUUCAAACCCGACUUAUCGUGUGUCUAACUCAACUCCUCGUGUGUCCAACAACCCGACUUAUCGUGUGUCUAACCCGAAUUAUCGUGUGUCUAACCCGAAGUAUCGUGUGUCUAACCCGACUUAUCGUGUGUCUAACCCAACCUAUCGUGUAUCUAACCCAACUCAUGAAAUGUCUAGCCCAACUCAUUGUGUAUCUAACCCAGACUAUCGUGUGUCUAACCCAACUCAUCAAGUGUCUAAUUCAACUAAUCAAGUGUCUAACCCAAUUUAUCAGUGUCCAACGCAACUUAUCGUGUGUCUAACUCAACUAUCGUGUGUCCAGCCCAACUUCUCGUGUGUAUAACUCAAAUUAUCGUGUGUCUAACCCGACUUAUCGUGUGUCUAACCCGAUUUUUCGUGUCUCUAACCCGACUUAUCGUGUGUCUAACCCAACUUAUCGUAUUUCUAACUCGACUUAUCGUGUGUCUAACCCGACUUAUCGUGUGUCUAACCCAACUUAUCGUGUAUCUAACCCAACUCAUCAAGUUUCUAGCCCAACUUAUCAAGUGUCUACCUCAACUAUAGCCUAUCUAACCCCGACUAUCGUGUGUCUAACCCAGCUCAUCAAGUGUCUAGUCCAUCAUCAAGUUGGACCUAAUUUAUCCAGUGUCCAACCCGACUUAUCGUGUGUCCAACCCGACUUAUUGUCUAUCUAACCCGAACUAUCGUGUAUCUAACCAAAAUACCGCGUGUCUAACUCAACUUAUCGUUUGUCUAACCUAAACUGUCGUGUGUCUAACCCGACAUAUCGUGUGCUCAAUUUAACCAAUAAUGUCACUUACCCGACUAAUUGCCAGUCUAAUCUACCUGAUCGUGUGAGUAACCCAAAGUCUCGCGUGUCUAGCCGAGUUUAUCAAGUGUCAAGUACAACAAAUCAAGUGUCCAACCCGACUUGUCGUGUGUCUAACCUGACUAAUCGUGUUUCUAAUCCAACUCAUCGUGUGUCUAACACAAAAUAUCGUGUGCCUAGCCCACUUAUCGUGUGCUUAAUUCAACUGAUUAUGUCGCUAACCCGACUAAUUGUGAGUCUAAUCUAAUCAUUGUGUGGCUCGUCCAACUUAUCAAGUCUAGCUCGACUUGUCGUGUUCUUGAUUUAACCAAUGUAACUUACCCGACUAAUUGUAAGUCUAAUCUACCUUAUAAAGUGUCUAACCCAACUUGUGGGUCACUCGUGAGUUCAACUUAUUGCACUAAUCCUACUUAGCAAACAAUUCUAGAGUCAGGUCCAUAAAUAAAGCGACUUUUUUCUAAAGGGUCUAUACCAACUAAACCUUUUAAUUCUAAAAAAAGCGACAGCUAGCUGGAAUGUGCCGUGUCGUUUUUCCUUUAGAUUUCUAUAAUCGUACCUUACGAAAUACAUUACUAUCAGCUAUAUAAUAAAGAUUUAUGUAUUACGUUACUAGCUGAUAAAAGAGAACAAUGCCGCCCCUAGGUGGGCGUAUAUUUGUAUCGAGUAUCGAUUGAAAGGCAAAACGCUUUGUUGAAUUAAAAAAAUGUUAUUGGA